AAAUUCAUCAAUUGAAGACGAAACUGAAAUCAAACCUCUCCCCAAUUUCACGAAGCUCGAUCUUCUUCUUCUUCUUCUUCAUCUUCUUCUGCAAUCUGAGAGCUUUCCUCUUCGAUUCGCAGUUCGAAGGAUUCGAAGAUGCAGAUCCAAUCCGAGAAACCCUUUCAAAUCUUCCUCCAAUCUCGCGACCUUCAGAUCCCUACCCGAACCCUAACCCUAACCCCGACGCCGUCCUACACCCUCCGCCAUCUCAAGCGAUCCCUCUUCCCCGCCGCCGCCGAUUCGCCCGAUCUCUACUUCACCCUCAACGGGAAGCCUCUCCAAGAUUCGACGCCGGUCGCGGGUUCCGGGGUCCCGCCGCUCUCGACCCUGGUCCUGCGGUGCAGGCUCCGGGGCGGCGGCGGCGAUGGCGGCGCGACGGGGGCGGAGUCGCGCGACUGCUACCUGAACAUGUACGCGGAGAAGAAGCCCGAUAAGGUGGACCCGAACGAGCAGCGGCUCUCGAAGUGGCUGAAUUGCGCCUUGUCCAGCGAGCCCCUGAGGGAGCCCUGCGUCGUGGACAAGUUGGGGAAUAUCUUCAAUAAGCAAGCUCUGGUUGAGGCUCUUCUGGGCAAGAAAUUGCCCCGGGAGUUCGGGUACAUAAAGGGUCUCAAGGAUAUGGUCAGGAUUAAGCUUACGGAGAUUCCUGGGCUAGAGGAUGAUGUCAGCGGGGGCGGGGGCGCGCGGUAUCAGUGCCCGAUCACGGGUCUCGAGUUUAAUGGGAAGUACAAGUUUUUCGCGCUGAGGACUUGCGGGCACGUGUUGAGCGCCAAGGCGGUGAAGGAGGUGAAGUCGUCGUCUUGUUUGGUGUGUCAUGAGGAGUUCGAUGAAUUGGAUAAGAUUGUGAUCAAUGGGAGCGAGGAGGAGGUGGCGGUCCUGAGGGAGAGAUUGGAGGGGGAGAAGGCAAAAUUGAGGGAUAAGAAGGCGAAGAAGGUGAAGAAUGGAGAGGUGGUUGCUGGUGGAGAAGAAAUUACUCAGUUAACUGGUGCUAAACGCGGCAUUGAUGUAAAGGUUGAGAAAGCCUCUGUUAAAGUUGAUGAAAAUGGGUUAGUGAAAAAUGGUGGGGUUGGAGUCAAGGGUGUAACUUCUAAUGCAGCGAAGAGGUUUAAGGCGACAGAUAUGGUCCCCCAAAAUGCUACAAAGGAAAUUUAUGCAUCGAUUUUUACGUCUUCGAAGAAAGGUGGCUUCAAAGAGACGUAUUCUUGCAGAUCCCUCCCGCUUGGUAGGAAUUAGUUCUGGAAGGAUCUGAAACUUGAGUACCCUUUUUGAGCUGUCUUUGGCCGUACUGGGUGUUUAUUCAUAAAUCAUGGUUCGCCUUGGAUGAUUUAGUUGGUUGUUGAUGUUGGGAUUCUCUUACUGUGGAGUUCUUUGAUGUUUCAAAUCGGAUUCUCUCUUUGAUGUACAUUGUACUUAACCAUGAAAUGCAAGUUGUUUAUUUA